GCCCGGCCGGCGCCUCCUCCCAUUGGCCGUCUCGCCCUUCGCUCCUCCUCCCGCGGGCUUCCAUUGGUCCUCUCCCCCUUGUCCCCGCCUCCCCCGGGCGCCGAUUGGCCGCGGCGCCUGGGGGGCCCGUGAGGGCGGCCAAGAUGGCGGCGGGGUGAGGCGGUGGCGAUGGCGGCGAUGUCCGGGGCGGAGGAGCGCGAUCCGGCGGCGGCCCCGCCGCCCCCGCCGCCCCCGCCGCGGCCCCCGCCCGGCCCCGCGGCCCCGCUGUCGGCGGGGGCCGAGGCGGGCGGCGCCGAGGAGGCGGCGGCGCUGCUGGAGGCGGGCGCCGACCCCGACGCGCCGCCCAAGAAGCGGCUGAGGGCGGCGGGGAGCGGCCCCGGCGGGGCCGAGGGGGCGGCGGGCAGCGUGAAGCUGGAGGAGCGGCUCUACUCCGUGCUCUGCUGCACCGUCUGCCUCGACCUGCCCAAGGCCUCGGUCUACCAGUGCACCAACGGGCACCUGAUGUGCGCCGGCUGCUUCAUCCACCUGCUGGCGGACGCGCGGCUGAAGGAGGAGCAGGCCACGUGCCCCAACUGAUCCCUGACCCCCCAAAUCCAUGGGGAGCCCCAAA